GGCUGCUCACGGACGAAGAGAUUCAAUGCAUCUCUACAAUCAGCCACAGGAGGUGUCAAGCCAGCGAAAGGUCUGAAGACCCUGGCGACCUCAGUUUAUGCAAUUUACCGCUGAUAUCUCUAUCACUAGUGAUUGAAGAAUUCUACAACUCGAUCAUGGACCUAAGCAUGGGACGUGAAGAUUCCUCAGCAGACCUAAGAGCUCAGCUGGCUGCUGCUACCAGUACACCUGUCAUGGACACCACUCAACCAUCUAACAGCACUCCCCUCCACCCUAAGCAGAAAUGUCUGAAGGAGAAGCUCACUCCACUUGAAACCUUUGAUGGGACUGAUCUGGUCCAAUACCCCGCCUGGCGGCUCAACGCCAUGGCCAAACUCCGCGUAAACGGCAGAGAUAUUGGCUCUCUUGAUGACCAGGCCUGUCUUUCUUUUGCAACCAUCCUCCCAACCUUUGACCAGAAGAUCCUAGAAGCCAAAGGACAGUUUUGGGAUGACGAAAUCAAGAUCGGCAUGCUUUAG